UAUUUUAAGCAAUAACCUUACUUUUGUAGGUCUGAUGAUUCUGGCAUUUCAACAUCCAGUCCGCUCCAUACUGUAUGUUCACAAAUGGAAAAUUCAACUAAAGUAACAGAAUUUGUUUUUGUGGCCUUUGCAUUUUCCCAUAGAGUCCAACUCUGUAUGUUUUUUAUAUUCUUUAUCAUUUAUGUUUUGCUGCUGAGUGGCAACGUUCUCAUCAUGAUGACAAUUAGAACUGACCCUCGUCUUCAUUGUCCUAUGUAUUUUUUCUUGUGCAAACUUUCCUUCAUUGACCUCUGUUACUCAACUGUGACCGUGCCCAAAAUGUUGUCAGACUUUCUGUACGACAGGAAAACAAUUUCAUUUCAUGGAUGUAUAACCCAACUCUACUUUUUUCACUUCUUUGCCUGUGCUGAAUGUUUUCUUUUCACAGCUAUGGGUUAUGAUCGCUAUGUAGCUAUCUGCAAACCAUUACACUACUCCACAAUAAUGAAUACAAAACUCUGUCUGUGGAUGGUGGCAGCAACCUGGGCCAUUGGCUUUGUCCACUCAAAUAUUCAGACUUCUCUAACAAUGGGGUUGCCUUUUUGUGGUCCAAAUGAGAUAGACAGUUUUUUCUGUGACAUCCCCCCAUUGAUUAGACUAGCAUGCACUGACACAACCAUGAUAGAAGCUAUGAUAGUGGCAAAUAGUGGAUUUGUUUCAUUAGGCUGCUUUUUAGCUGUUUUGAUUUCGUAUAUUGGAAUUGGCUCAACUAUUUUAAAAAUUCACACAUCUAAAGGAAGACAGAAAGCAUUUUCCACUUGUGUUUCCCACCUCACUGUAGUAACUUUUUUCUUUGGUCCAUGUGUCUUUAUCUAUAUGAGACCCUCAACCACCUUUAAAGCUGAUCGAGUUGUGACUGUAUUUUACACAGUGAUUGCGCCCAUGCUAAAUCCUGUCAUCUACACCUUGAGAAAUGAGGAAGUCAAAACAUCCAUGAAAAAAAUCUGGGGUAAGAGCAGGCUGUGUAAUGGAAACACUCGCAAACACUGUGCAAAUGUGUCUAGUAAACCACAACUACCAGCCAAUAGUAAUUUAACAUAA